UUUUCAUCCACACACAGGGAUCUGUUGUCUGAUGUGCUGUCCCUACAGUAACAUUUCUGCUGUGUCACGAUGGGUUCAAGGCUGUUUAUAAUUCUGCUUGUGGUGCAUUCUGUGUCUUCCAUCGAUGAAAGAAAAGCAUUAGAGGGAACAGCAGUCAUUCUUCCUUGCUUUGGUAAUGUAAAUGAGGUUGAAUCUGGAGUGGUCAGAUGGUACAAAGCAGGGCUUGAGAAUCCAGUCCUAGAUCUCAACAUAAAUGAAGACAAACACAUUCAAUACUCAAACGACUUCUUGCUUUCUGGAGAUCCGUUGCUCUUUGAUUUCUCCUUGAGUAUUUUGAAUGUUCAAAUGCAGAAUGCUGGAACUUACAGCUGUUUGGGAAUCAAUGGAGAGAAUUACACUGAGAUAAACACCGUUGUACUGCUUGUGAAAGUUCCUUCCACUCUUGUGCCAGUUCCCUUGCCUGAAUUAAGGCACAAACCUGACGACAAUGAUGGUUAUGAUGAUAAUGACAGUUAUGAUGACAACUGCCACAAACCUGAAGACGGGGGAAAAUUUCCAAUAGCAGCCAUUGUUGUACCUGUUGUAAUUGGGAUACUCCUAGUGGCUGCAAUUGUUUUGGGCAUUAUUCUGUACAAGAAAUACUCCCACAGCAGCCCAAAAAAGCUAAACCAAGUCUCAAUCAAGAAGCCCAUCCCGAAGGCUGUAGAAAACAUCUAUGAAGAGAAACCUUAUUACAUAAACUUUAACUCUUUUCCCAUAGAGUAGAUGCCUCACUUUUGAACAAGAACUGCAGAAGCAUUUUUGUCCAAGAGCUCUGCAUGACCUUAAGUCUUGCUACCUAUUUUCUCAAUCAAACCACCUUAUGUCAGAGUUAAAAAUGGAAAUAAAUAGAACAUGUAGAUAAAAUUCAUACAUUAAUACAGAGUAUUCUUUAAAAACUGUCAUAUAUUUAGGCACAACCUUAAACAAAUCCACACCAUUUGAGAUUUAAAGUUUUUCUCAUGAAAUGCAAUUUCAAUCAUGAACUGAAAGCAGGAAAACAACUCAGGUAGGACAGGUAUUUAAUAUAGAUGUUUUACUUUUAUUUCAGUAAAUUAAAAUAUAUCGUAGCACCUACAAAGUUCUAGCAUUCUCAAGGGGCAAUUAAGAACAGGAUGAAGUAUGCCAUAGAGGAAAUUUCUUCCUCAAAAUAUGUUUGAAUUCGCUUUUUACCUUUGAUGAAUUCUUAAAAUUGGCAUGGGAUAUGGAAAAAAAAGAAAUCAAAAUAAGAGAUUAAUUGAUAAUUGACCAACAGUAUUUACAACUGUUUUAAUCUUGUUGACUGGGAUCCACUCCAAUUACUACUAAGUCUGUGGUAGAUGGGAAUUGGUCAUAUCCAAAGGCAAUAAGAAAUGUUUAGGUGCACCA